UACAAAAGCCAUGACCAAGAAUUGCAGAAUUUCUGUCUUCAUUGGCCUCCUCUUCCUUGCAAAUCUUAUCCAAUUUUCACUUUCUUCUCUAGUUUCUACUGGGGAUUUCAAUAACGAUUUCUAUGUCAUAUGGUCUCCUAACCAUGUUAACACUUCUUCUGAUGGGAGACUCAGAAGCUUGAAGCUUGACAAAGAAUCUGGUUCUGGUUUUGCUUCAAAUGAGAUGUUCUUAUUUGGGGAGAUCGACAUGCAAAUCAAGCUGGUACCAGGCCAUUCAGCCGGCACGGUUGUAGCGUUCUACAUGAGCUCAGAUCAACCUAACCGGGACGAGAUUGAUUUUGAGUUCCUUGGCAAUGUGAAUGGGCAGCCAUACAUUCUUCAAACAAAUGUAUUCGCUGAUGGGUUUGAUGACAGGGAGGAAAGGAUCCAUCUCUGGUUUGAUCCAACAAAAGAUUUCCACACCUAUUCAAUCCUAUGGAAUCUUUACCAAAUUGUUUUCAUGGUGGACUGGAUACCCAUCAGAGUGUAUAAAAACCAUGCUGAUAAGGGAGUAGGUUUUCCACGGUGGCAACCAAUGAGCAUCAAAACUACACUAUGGAAUGGUGAUAGCUGGGCCACAAAUGGUGGGCAUGACAAGAUAGACUGGUCCAAGGGUCCCUUCAUAGCUUCAUUCAGGAACUAUAAGAUAGAUGCUUGUAUCUGGAGAGGAAAUGCAAGAUUUUGCAGAGCUGAUAGCAAUAUCAAUUGGUGGAACAAGGCCAGGUUCAGAUCUCUAUCACCAAGGCAGAGAAGGCUGUUCAGAUGGGUCAGGAAGUAUUAUCUCAUCUAUGAUUACUGCCAAGACAACAAGAGAUUCCAAAACAACCUUCCAAAGGAAUGCUCUCUUCCUAAGUUUUGAUCCAUGUUUGAUUGUUUAAAUUAUUGGGUUUGCUUUCGUUUACC